CUAUAGUGUACUCAAACCCAAAUUUUUGAAAUGCACUAAUAAUGAUUCGUUUACUAAUCCAUAACCAGAAUGGGCGGAAUCGAAAGGAUCAACGUGAGGCGGAAAAGAGUAAAAAGAACCGGAAAACCCCCGAAAAAAGAGAAAACUGUCCGCUGCCGUGGCCUCCCUCACUCGUUCAAAUUGCGUGGAAGCCUUCCAGUUUGUCCUUCCCAUCGACUUAUUCCCACCAGCAGAUCUCUUCCAGAACCCAGAAAGUUUUCUCAAUUGGGGUUUUCUUUUCCUCCGAAUCGUUACCAGAUUUUCCAAGUAGAUUUGAGCAUGUUUUAUCAAGUGGAAUUGCUCAGGGAAGUGCCUGUCCAUGCUGAAAAUCUAGACCGAGACAGACUUGUUUCUACAAGGUCCGUUGUCACACGGCUUUUGGAGGAUUUGUUAAGGGAGAAGGCAGACAAGGACCUCGGAUACUUUCUUGCAGUCACUGGCCUAAAGAGGAUAGGAAAGGGAGAAGUUGUGGACAACUCUGGAGACGUCUUCUUCCCUGUAGUAUUCAAUUGUCGCAUGUUCCUACCUUGCAAGGGAGAGAUCUUGGAAGGAGUCGUUCAUCACAUAUACAGGCUUGGGGUUUUCUUGAGAUGUGGACCUGUUAAAUAUGUUUUUCUCUCCGCUCGGAAAAUGCCAAACUUCCGCUAUGUUGCUGGCGAAAAUCCAGUCUACUUGAACGACGACCUUGCAAAGAUAGAUAACGAUGUUGUAAUUCGCUUCAAGGUGCUUGGAGUCAGAUGGAUAGAGAUUAGGGACGAUAUAAGGAAGGAGUUUGUGAUGCUUGCCAGUUUAGAGGGCGAUUCGCUUGGUCCCCUUACAUUACCAGGUCCUGAUGGACUGGAUUUGUAAUUCUUCAAAUCAGAUGAAGGUUUCUUUCCUCUUUGUAAAUUAACUGUUGGGAAAUAAAUCUGAAUUUUCUUUGUUGUGGACA